AUGAAAGUGAUGAAUUGCAUUCUCAAUUUGUUUCUCGUUUUUCAAGUAGUUUCAUUAGGAUUUGCAGAUGUGGUUCCAGUGCCAUCAUUUGAAAUUAGUAAAGAGUCAAUUUUGAAGCAUUUGUCAUUAGACAACAUUACUUUGGAUCUUCCAGCUUUAUACGUAUUUGGAGACAAUUUUGUUGAUGCAGGAAAUAAUAAUUAUCUCAAUUUACCUCGAAUUCAAAGUAAUUAUUCUCCGUAUGGAAUAGAUUUUGAUGGAAAACCCACCGGUCGUUACACCAAUGGUAGAACAGUAGCAGAUUUCAUUGCUCAAUUUACUGGUUUGCCAUUUCCUCCUCCAGUACUAAGUUUGUCUAAAGAUGUUAAGAGAGUUCCUCAAACUGGUUUAAAUUAUGCUACUGGUUUCACCGGCAUCUGCAAGACAGAGUUUGAAGCUGUAAAUAACGAGCUGAAGCUGAGGAUAAAGGAGCUUGAAGCUGAGCGCUAUCAAUGGAAGCUAGAUGUCGACUCUCAGAAGGAUUGA